ACGCAGCUUAAUUGCCAACAUGGAAACCGCUAGCGUCAAUUGUUGUCAAGCCAGUGCUGCUGCAGCAAGUGCAUCUUAGGCCUGAAAGUGCAUCUGAUUCUAAAACUCUAUUUAUGUUGAAGCUGGUGACACAUCGUAAUAUCACUGACGGAACAUAUAAAAUACAAUGGAUCCAAGGGGCCCUCCUGAGGGGGGCCCUGGUGACACAUUUGAUAUGUCUAAUAUUGGCAAAGUUGCUGACACUUCGGUAACUUGGCCAAUUGAUAGCCCGAUUAACUCAGGAAUAUUUGAACAACCAAAGAAGAUGAAUAAUAACAGAUUACUAUUUUUGACCGUUGAAUAUGUUGAAGAUCAAUCAAGAGAUUAUUCCCGCUUAUUCCCAACAUACGAGCAGGUCUCGUUUUCACCCAGACCUUCAUCUCCUCUAUCUGAUUUUGAGCAUCGUGUUAGUCCACUUGAUCCAAAUAUGAGUUCUGCUGCUAGGUAUUCGCCAACUCCGGUUCAAUUAACUCCAUCUCCUUUUCAUAAUUCUGUUGUUAUUCUCCAAGGUCCUUCCUCCCCUUUGAUAUCUACAACUGAAUCCAAUGUAAGAUCAAGUAUCAAUUUUGUGGGUCAAUUGACUCAUCCAAUAGAUGCACAAACUGAUACUGGAACAGAUUUUAUUGACGAAGAAAAUGAAGAAACUUUAGUUUCUAGUGUUGGAAAUGAAUUAAUAUUAAUGCAAGAGUCUAAUACAGAAUUGGAGCAAAGCACAACUCCACUCAUGUUAACAGGUAUAUCAGGUGCAGAUUUUACUUUAACAAGAGAUUAUAUAGUAAUGCAAGAUGAUCAAGUAAAUGUAAUGAAUUCUUUGAAAAAUCCAACUCUUUCAAUGGGAGAUAAUCAUAUCACUAAUGCAUCUGAAAAAAAGGAUAUAACAAAAGAAAGUAAUUCUCAGUCAAUAACAGAAGCCAAUGUGCAAAUGGGUCAAAUUAAUGAAAUAUUAUCUCAUGCAAAUAAAAAAAAAACUAUUGAUAAGAAGAAUACAAAGAAGUCAAAGCAACAGAUGGAUGAUGACAAAAAUUUUUGGUGCGAUGAAUGUGAUGGUAUUUGUACCAAUGAAGAUGGUUGCACUUCUCAUAAUGUAUGUACGAUUGCCGAUCAACCUGUACCAUCACGAGCUAUAGCUACACUGCCAGGAUCAUAUCUUUCUAUAAAUAAAUUAUCUGCUGUGGAUAUUAUAUCGGGAGGUUCUGAAUAUGGAGUUUUUGCGAAACGCAAUAUUCGUAGGCGUACACAAUUUGGUCCUAUUGAAGGUAUUUUAUAUGGUUACGAUGGCACACCAUUUGAAAAUGCAUUGCCAUUGCUUUAUGAAGCAGAAGAAGGACAAUUUUUGAAAGUUGAUGUUUCAGAUGAAAAUACUUCAAAUUGGAUGCGUUUUGUGAGGCCUGCACUUACUUAUAAAGAACAGAAUCUAGUGAUUUGUCAACAGAAAGAUGGAAUUGUAUUUUUAACUACAAAAAAUAUUUUACCAAAAGAAGAACUAAGAGCAGGACCUCAUCCUGAUUAUGCAGCACGUAGAAAUUUAAUGGUAUUGAAACCUGAUGUGCGAGAUGACAAAGAACAUAACAACAGUAUGAAUAUUUGGCCAAGAUCAGAUAAUAAUUCUUAUAAUCAUGCAAGACGUAUGAAAUUAUACAGAGGCAGAAAUUUGAAAGAAAAAGAAAAUACAAGACAAAAUAAUUGUAAAGAAUGGAAAUGUUGUACAUGCAAUUUGAUCUUCAAAAAAUUAUCUUUAUUUAAAUUACAUAAUCUAAUGCACAAUCCAGAAGACAAUAAAAUAAAUUGUCAAUCAACAGUUUGUCCACAGUGUGGAUUAGAAUGCCAGAAAAGAUCUGAAUUAAUCAGUCAUGUUUCACAGCAUGGAAGAUUAUCUUUGCCAAAAGGUAAUAAAUUGACUUCAGUGGUUGCUGCAUAUAAGUGCUCAAUGUGUUAUAAACGCUUUGCUACAAAAGUACGACUACAGAAACAUUGUUUGGUGCAUGGUGCCGAGGACCAAAAGCCACUGCCAUGCAGCAUUUGUCUGAAAAGAUUCAUGAAUAAUUCUGCUUUAUCUUGUCAUUUAAAAACGCAUAGAGAAAAUAAGCAAGUGUAUGAAUGUCCAAUAUGCAGACAACUCUUUGAUCAAGGUGUGAUGUUAAAAGAUCAUGUCGAGACACAUAGAAAUGGAGAUCAUACAUUUACCUGUCCACAUUGUCAAAGAAAUUUUAUUAAAUAUUCAGUAAUUCGUAAACAUAUAAGAGCUCAUCAUUGUGAAAGAAAACACAAGUGUCAGUUUUGUACAAAGCGUUUCCCUACAAUGGAUAAAUUACAAAUGCAUUUACUUAAACAUUCUGAUCACAGGGAAUUUCACUGUGCUGAUUGUGGAAAACAAUUCAAAAGAAAAGAUAAACUUAAGGAACACAUGACUAGAAUGCAUAAUUUGCAGAAAAUAAAUCAAGAACAAACAGUACAAAAUAAUCAAGCAAAGAAGUUUGUGCCAAAGGUAAACCCAAAUGAUUACAAUCGUUUCAUAUAUAAAUGUCAUCAAUGUCUAGUAGGAUUUAAGCGAAGAGGAAUGCUCGUAAAUCAUUUGGCAAAACGACAUCCAGAUGUUGCUCCAGAGUCUGUCCCCGAAUUAAAUUUACCAAUUUUGCGACAAACGAGAGAUUAUUAUUGUCAAUAUUGUGAUAAGGUAUAUAAAAGCAGCAGUAAACGUAAAGCUCAUAUCAUGAAGAACCAUCCAGGUGCUGCUUUACCACCAAGUAAUCGUCAAAAAGAAUCAGAAUAUUCGAGUCUGCCUAAUCCAACAUUUAGUCAGACAGUUGGUAGUAUUACAACUACACCUCAAGGAUGUCAAUGGUGCCAUAAACAAUAUGCUAGUAAGGCAAAACUUUUGCAACAUCAACGUAAGAAACAUCCGAAUUUAAUGGAACCAGCGGAUCAAAUUCCGCGAUCUAGAAGUCGUCCACCACAAAAUCAAAACCAACCACCUACACUAAGUGAUAACAAUUUCAUGUUAUCAGAUUAUAUUCAAGCAUGCGACGUAGAUGGAGAAUUUUUUAAGCAGAGGAUAAUCAAAAUAUCAAAUGAUGUUGAUCUAAUAAGUAACGGUUUGGAGUUGGUUGGACAACAAUUUGUACGUAUGCGUGAUAUACGUUGAAGAAAGAAAUGGCACACCCGCUUUGUCGGGAAUCAUCGCCAAUUUAUCGAGAUAUGAAUCUCGUGACUUUGUGCAUAGUCAAAAAGGCUGUGCUUUUUUGCUGCCGGUACCAAACACAAAGGCAUUGUUUGCCUGACAGAAGUGUGGUAUGGUACUUCUACUUGAGAGUAUUUGGAACGCAGCUUUGUCAGCGCCAGUGCGAAACACUGAGCGCUGUUGUCUCAAUUGUGUGAAUUGCAAUGAUGGUCACUGACGAUGACGACUUCAGUGGAUUUGUUGGAACGAUACAUACACGACUUUAUUACUUUGUCUGAGCCUCGAUACAAAAAAAGCCUAAUGACCUAAAGAGUAAUAAUGAACAAGAAACAGUAAGAUUAUACUUGCAAUAGACGUACUAUUGUCUUGUAUAUUAUUGAAAACUUCAUUCACAAGACAUUAUGGAUAUUGAGCAUCAGAAGGUAGGACAAAUCAUCGUACUGUCGGCACUUACCUAGUGCUAGGUCUAAUAGUUUCUUUUGAAGUCUAAACCAAGCUUAAAUUUAUUGUCAAAGUCUAUUGUUGAUGUUAACAAAACUCGAUAUGCUUUACGUUCUAAACGUUUAAGCUUGGCUUAAAUUAAAAGACUAAAUGAUCUUACUGCAUCUUAGAUCACCGUGGUUUCGUCUGUAUAACGUGAUUGUUUUGUGAUAGACUACAAACCGAAUGUAAUACUUGCAAGACAAACGUUAAAUCAUUGUUCACUACACAUUUGGCUUUAACGAUAAAAGGAAAGAAAAGAAAAAAAAAAAGGAAAAAAAAGAAAACGAAAAAAAAGUUAUCUGUAGAUUUUUCGAACGACUGCAAUCUCCGAAAAAAAAAAACGAUAGUACGUUUCACUUUCGCUCUAUCGUAAUUCAUAAAUUUUCCUCGUAAUCUAUUUGUGUCUUUCACGUUUAGAGCGGAACACAUCCUUCUCCUUCUUAGACUUCCAACGAAAUACACACAUACAUUGUUUUUCACAUAAUCGUUUCUCGAUAUCUAGUUUCAUACGCAUACCAUCUCGGUGUGAACAUUUUUGCAUCCUCCUCGAUCAUUGAAUUAGGAUGUCCGCUUAAAGCCGACGUAAGAUACAAGGUAAAAAUGUAGUUAAUCAGGAAAAGAGAAAUUUUUGUCUUCGUAGUGUUAUGAUGUAAUGUGUAAUAGAAAUACAUUAAGCACACAUAAUUUAUCCUAACAUUUAACAAUCCCUUUUAUCUGGAUAAUAUUUAAAAAAAAAAUACCGUAAAAAGUACAAGCGUUGCUCAUUUGAAAGGUUGUGAAAAUUCGUAGUAUUCUUAUUUUGAAGAAUUUUAGAUUGUACGUCGGAUCCACACUCGUUCAUCGAUUAUAAAAUAAUAUAGUAAACUUUACAUAAUAUAUUAGUUUUAUUACAUAAGAUGAAAUAUUCUUUUUCAAAUUACAGGAAUGAUUUUUCAUUUAUUUUACUUACACAAGAUGCAUACAGUAACACACAUUAUUACAAAUGCGAAGACAAAAGAUUGCAUGUUUGUUGAUGUCAUUGAGUACAUGGCAAAUUGUACUGUAAACAUGAUUUAAAUAAAGUUAUUGGAUGAUCGAUAUAUAUAACUGUAUGUGUGAUAUACCUCAUUGAUGAUGUAAUUAGUAUUUUUUCAUAUUUUAUUAUUAGUGGAAAAUACCAUCGCUCACCAAAAUCAGAGAAGGAAGUGACACAAUCAUUUUGCUUCUACACGUAUCGUUUCCUUACUCUACCACGUUUCACUGAAUAGUAUGCAGAAACAAAAAAAAGUUAUAAUAAUAAUAAUUAUUAUUAUUAUAUAGCGAUGCGUAGUAAUAAAUUAAAAACAUAUUUGAAUUUAUCGAGAAUUAUAGUUUUAAUCUAAUUAUUUUUAUAAAAAGAAAAAAAAAAAAGAAAAACUAUCGAUCUAGCCAUCGUAUCAAAUUGUAAUUUAGAUUUUAUUUCAAUAGGCUACUUUAAAACGUUGUAAUUGUAUAAUAACAUAUUGCGUAUAUGUGACAAUAACAAAGUGCACUUGCGUAUUGUAAAAACUAAAAAGAGACAGCUAGUUAAAGAUCGUAAAUCUACUAUCGCUAAAGGACCAACUGCACCAGGUUUGAACACCGAUGCCUGAUGAUUUGGAGUUGUUGCUAUUGGACCACAACCAUCCUUUUGCAUUUGAGCAGUCUCAUAAAGUUGUUUCUGCAUUACAGCCAAGGAUACUUUAUUUGCAGAGAGGAAAUCUUUCAUGGAGAUCAAUUCCCCAGACAUACGUCUAGAACCAUCGGAAUCGUCUUCCGCAGCUCUAAUCGAAUCUUUACCAACGAGUUUCAUAGACCUACGUUUAGAAUAAUAUAUAGAAGACACGGAUGAUUUUCUUCUAGGUAGAUGAGGCGCAGCAAGAUCUUGAUUACCACAUUGUAACUUGUUUAUCACAUAAUUUAAACCUUGUUUGAUAAUUAUCGAAGUUACAUUCAAUAAUGAAUAAAUACAGCAACAGCCGAUAACAAGGAAGACAAAAUUGGCAAAUCUAUACCUGCAAAAACGUAAAUCAAUUAACAUUGAAAACGUUGAUGAACAAAUAAAAAAGUUUCAAUAUGAUUUAUAUACCAAUGGACAUAUGGAUAAUUCAUCUUCUGUGUACUGACAAAAUCACCGAAACCGAUGGUGGUAAAGCUAAUGAAACAGAAGUAGAGAGCGUCGAAGUAUUCCCAGCCUUCUAGCGGUGCAUAAACCGCAGCAGCAAUGCAUGCAGUAAGACAAGAAGCUAAUAAGAGAUAUAACAUGACCCAAUAAACGCUUGGUUUCCACUGUUCUAAACUGACUUCGUCGUCAUCAUCGAGGAUAUCCGGAAGAGACGAUCUUGGAUUGGAUAACCUGGAUACUCGUCGAGAAGAUGUUGAACUUUGUCGAAGAUGCUUUCUUACGCGGUACAAGUGAAUACUUCUUAAAAUCCAAGCCAGAAAUGUGAUGAUCCUUUCAAGGAAGAGAUUGAAGAACAGGAUACCACCUAAUAGAUCAUGAAGAAUACUUGUUACAUGAUUGGAAUUUUACUUUUUAUUUAACCUUUUUUCUUUUUUAUUUAUAUUGAUUUUUUAACUUUUUAAUUCUUUUCUUGUUUUUUUUUUUUCUUUUCUAUGUAGGAGAUUUAAUGUAAAAUUGAAAAAUUCAAGUUAUAUCGAGAUACUUCAUAUAUUCACACAAAUAGGACAUUGUUGUAUACCAUUUCCUAUUUCUUGAUGUUAUAGAAACUAUACCUAUUGCAAUUUAUACAUUGAAGACUCAUUCUUUUGUUCUGUAUAAAUAGGCCAAUGUCCUAGUUUGUUUUAACUCAGUGUAGUGUAAUAUAUGCAUGCAAGCAUCGAAUAUAACGAACAACCAAAAAAUCCAUAAAGAACAACAGCUGCUCGUCCUGCCAUAGUUUGAGGAGCGGUACUUCCGUAUCCUGAAAGAAGAUCCAGAUUCACACAUUGAACCUAUUUUCUAAAAAUCUUUCUAUGAGGGGAGUAAUCUACAUAUGUGUACGUGCAAGCGUACAUAUCGAUGGCUAAAGGAGUUGUCGAGAGGAAAAUCUUUUAAGAGGAUUACAAAACUUAAUGAGAUGCAAGACGACACGUCGUCUAGUGACCCCAUUUAUCGUCGGUCGUUGCACGAGUGCGUUUCAAAUGCUUUAAAUUCCAAAAAAUACUGUGUUAUAUUUCUUACCAAUUGUGGAAACGAUGGUGCCUACGAAGUGAAAGCUACCAGGAAAAUCCCAACGUCGUCUUUUGUUAAUGAUACCGGCAGAGGAAGCAUUUCCGUAGGCGUAAAGAAGUUCGUGUAAUCUCUGAAGCGCUAGUGGACUACCACGCAGGUGAUGCUUUCGAAAAGCGUGAUACACCCGCCAAAAUUCUGCAGCCUAUAUUAUGAAAUAAACGUCACCCUCUAGUAUUUGGAAAAGAGUCGCGCCUGCGAGCAUGUAAGCUGCCAGGACGACAGCGAGGAGGAUGAACCUUGCGUUAUCCUCCGCGAGGCCUCCGCACACGCACAUCACCGGUGACUCUCAUCUCUCUGACACCAAUGUCCGAUGCGAUCCCCACUUUUCCUCUUUAACUGGACCGGCGCAAACUCGCCGACAAAAUUUUACGAUGAUCCAAGUAUUCGUCAUGGUCGAAGGUCACCAAUUUAAACUUUUUAAUCCCAAUUUUUUUGGAUUUUCUUUAAAUUUUUUCGUGAUAGUUAAUAAGUUAUAAUUAUUUUUAUUUUUCACUUUGUUUAUAUUUAUAAUAGAUUUUUCUAACUAAAUAUUCUCAUUGUUAUAACAUAUUAUCAUAGUUUGUAUAAUUUUUGUAUUGAAAAAUAGUAGGAGAAAAAAAUUUGUAUAUCUCUGCCUUUA